AUGUUCAUCAAUCUUUUGAUCCUUUUUCUAGUAUUCUGGAAUUCCGGGAAUUCUCAAAUUCCUCAUGAAUUCCAACGAGCUCUGAAACAUGCAAAAAGUCUGGAUGGGCUUUUAAAAGAUCUUCAUGUGAUUUACAAUCCAGAAUUGACGAAUCGCCACGUGGAGAAGACUACAAGUAGUGGGGAGAAAGGAGCAAUGCUCUCCCUAAAAUCCGGCUCGAUGUCUGCCCAACGUAUCAUUUCGCUUCAGAACAUCUCCAACCAAGAAAUGGAUGGCUACACUUUGUUUCAUUUGCAGAGCAUGAAAGAUAUAAAACAGGGAAAUGACACUUGUAACCUUCAAAAUGUUUGUGUUCCGGUCCCUCAGCUAUCCGAUGAUCCGCAGUUGUUGAUCUAUCCCAAGUGUUAUGAGGUCAAACAAUGUGUUGGAAGCUGCUGUAACUCGCUAGAAACUUGCCAUCCAGGAACAAUCAACCUCGUUAAAAAGCAUGUCGCCGAACUUUUGUACAUCGGAAACGGCCGUUUCAUGUUCAACAUGACCCGAGAAAUCACUAUGGAGGAGCACACAUCGUGCUCUUGCUUCGAUUGUGGUUCUAACACCCCGGUUUGCGCUCCAGGCUUCGUUGUUGGUAGAUCUUGUAAGUGUGAGUGUGCCAACAAGGAGGAGAGGAACAAUUGUGUGGGAAAUGCCACGUGGAAUUCCGAAGCUUGCAAAUGUGAUUGCAACUUGAAGUGCGACGAAGGACGUGUGCUUCACAGUGGAAACUGUGAAUGCGUUAGAAGACGUCAUCACGGAGGGGCUAAGCACGGACAUGGCCAUCGCCAUCAUCACAGAUCUAGACCUAUUGAGGAGGUGGAAGUGGAGAAGAUUGCAAAGUUGCAAGUGGGAAGAAUCGGAGGCUAA